AUGACGAUAGGAGCCUGCAGGAACUCCAAUGGCUCCCACUCACCCACCUCCUGGCACUUCAUCGCCGCGUGUCCCAGCACCGCGAUCUCCUCUGCCACCGCAUCAAUUCAGUCACCAUUCUUGGCCAACAAUACAGUUGCCGGCAGACAGUUUUCCUCUCCUCCACCCGCAUCGAUGAUUCUCCUGCCACCAACUGCCUCUCCGACCACCGCCACAUCAAAACAGAAGGGUCUUGAAGACCUAAGCCACCGCCAUCGCCAACACCAGCAACGGCAGGAGCUAAAACCACAGCCAGCUUACGGUGACGGCUCAAAUACCUACUACGUUAUCAAUCUCGAUCGCCAAGGUACCACCGCCACCCCCGCUGCCUUACCGUCGAAGGGUGAUCUGCUUCAUCCUCACCCACAACAGUCGUGUCUCACUUCACUGGCACCAGGACUGGAUACUAGCUACGUCUAG